CACAUGGCGAUGGCGGUCUAUUCUAUUGCUAUAACGUUCUUAAAAUUAAAACGAACUCUAUAACGUUCUUCGAAUAAAAAAUACUACGCAUUUAAUUGUUUGAAUAAAAGUUUCAUUAUUAGGUACUUAACUUACUUAUAAAAGAUACUAAGCGCGUACCUACUCAAGUAAAAAACUAAUUAUAGAUACCCAAGUUUACGUAAUAAGAAACUAUGAGAACUGAGUAGUCAUAUUAAAAUAUGAUAUUAUGUUUAGGUUUAUUUAGAAGAAGAAACAUUAUUCCACUUUCCUUAGCUUACUUCUCAUCUAAACCUACAUCUUCAGAAGUAUUGACAGCUUAUUUAACACAGUGUAAUGAGCCUCCUUGGACUUCCUAUUUUGUUAAGUAUAGAAGUGUAAAAAAUGAUCAAUUUGGCAUGUCGAAUUUCAACUGGAAAGUUGGAAAGUCAAACUAUCAAAUAUUAAGAACUGGAUGCUACCCGUACAUCAAAUACCAUUGUUCCAGGAAACCUGCAGAAAACUUGGAAGCAUCUGAUAAAUUUAUGAGAGUUAUUAAAGUCAUUAAUUUAGGUAUUCCUUGUCUGCUCUAUGGUCUUGCAGCUACACGGUUGAUUCGACAUACAGAGGUUGUGCACACAUCCAAAGGACCUGUUACUAUUUAUUUUUUGUUACCAGAAGAUAAGGGAUCGCUUUAUUAAGUUGUUAAAUAAAUGUACUUAUACAUAUUUAAAUCA